AUGGCCCAGAAGCAAGUAGACGAUCAGCCGAUUACCUUUUCGUCUGAUGACACACUCGGCGUACACCUCCUUCACAACGAUCCUCUGCUCGUCGUGCUUGGCAUUGACAAGUACGACGUCACAAAAGUGCUCAUCGACACCGGUAGCUCGGUCGAUAUCAUCUUUCGCGAAACCCUCGUGAAAAUGGGGAUCGAUCUCAACGACGUUAAGCCCUCAACUCGAACCCUGACAGGAUUCAACGGAUCUUCCGAAGUAAUCGCCGGCACGAUCCGCCUCUCGGUUCAUGCAUGCGGAGUCACGCGAACGGUCAAGUUCUCCGUCGUCGGCUCCAAAGCUCCUUAUCACAUUAUACUUGGCACCCCAUGGUUACAUUCCGUGCGAGCAAUCGCAUCAACGUACCAUCAAUGUGUUAAGUUUCCGGGAUCCGACAGAUCUGUCAAAACUCUGAAAGGGGACCAGCAGGCUGCACGUGACCUCCUGAUCGCCACGGUUAAGAUUCAGCGCUCUUAG